AUGUCAUCCGAUUACGAGUUCUCCGACGAUGAUGGCGAUUACUACGACGAUGGCGAUAUGAUGGACACCCAAGAAGACGAAGACGACGACGAAAUGAUGGGCUCUUACGACGACUUCAAGAUCACUCCCAAAGGAAAGCACAAGUCGUACGAGGUUGAGUACGAGUCACUCAGUCAAGAUGCCGUCGAGCAGCUGAUGUCGGCGGAUGUCGAGCACAUUUGCGGCAUCUUCGGUGUCGACCGGGAUGCAGCGCUGCUGCUCUUACGAUCCAUGUCCUGGAACAAGGAGCGCUUAAUCGAGAAGUAUAUGGAUAACGCAACAAGCGUGCUGUGUGCAGCAGGUAUCCAGGUCCCCGAGCCUACACCGGAAACCUCCAGACCCCAUUCCACUACAGCUCGGCGUUCCACGCGAUCCACGAACAAGUUUCUUGGUCUCAGCUCCGCCUCGAAACCGAAAUCGCCUACACCUCCCGCCGCCACUUCGCCAAAGUCUUUCGUGUGCCCGAUCUGCUUCGACGACUCGCCCGAUCUGACUACACGUGCCUUGGUGUGCGAGCACCAGUUCUGUACGGGGUGCUGGGCUACAUACAUAUGCUCCAAGAUACGAGAUGAAGGCGAGCACGCGAUCAGGUGCAUGGCAGAGGGCUGUCAUAUAAUAGCUCCCGAUACAUUUGUUCGUACAGUGCUAUCCUCGGAGGAUGGCGACCCAGAGGAGAACGCGCUUGCGCUUUCCCGGUUCCAUGAGCUAGUGGUACGUCACUUUGUGGCGUCUAACGCGAGCCUGAAGUACUGUCCAUAUCCCGGCUGUACGAACACGGUAUCUUGCCCAUCUGCGUCUUCCAAGUCUAGUCUGAUCCUCAUGGUCCCGACGGUGUCUUGUGGUGCACGUGGGAUCGGCGGCCAAUCAGUGUCGGCCAGUCAGGUAUUGGAGAAGGGUGGAGGGCUCGGGAUUCAAGCCAAAGAACACAAGUUCUGUUUUGGUUGCCCUAUUGAUGGCGAUCAUCGCCCUCUUAUAUGUACUGUUGCAAGGAUGUGGAUCAAGAAAUGCCGCGAUGAUAGUGAAACCGCGAACUGGAUCAAGAGCAACACUAAAGAGUGUACCAACUGCUUGAGCACAAUCGAGAAGAAUGGGGGUUGCAACCAUAUGACUUGCAAGAAGUGCAAGCAUGAGUUUUGCUGGGUUUGCAUGGGUCCAUGGUCUGAACACGGUACCCAAUGGUACUCGUGUAAUCGAUACGACGAGAAGGCAGGCAUCGACGCCCGCGAUGCCCAGAGUCGGAGUCGCGCAUCCCUAGAACGCUACCUUCAUUACUACAAUCGUUGGGCCAAUCACGAGCAAUCGGCCAAGCUGUCGAUAGAUUUAUACGCAAAGACGGAGAAGAAGAUGGAGGAUAUGCAGGUCACGUCCGCGCUCACGUGGAUCGAGGUGCAAUUCAUGAAGAAGGCAGUGGAGGAGGUGGAUAAAUGCCGAAUGACCCUCAAGUGGACUUACGCUAUGGCGUACUACCUUGCCAAGGGUAACGAGAAGGAUCUGUUCGAGGAUAAUCAGAGGGAUCUAGAGAAAGCCGUAGAAGACUUGUCAGAACUGCUGGAAUCGCCCAUUGAGCCCGAGACUAUACCCCAACUCAGACAGAAGGUCACCGACAAGACGGUAUACGUACAGAAUCGUAACGAAAUAGUUUUAGAAGAUACUGCGAACGGGUUCCUUGAAGGUCGAUGGAAGUGGAACGCCGUUGUCGAGGGAUUUGACGAACCUGAGAGGCUGGAGUACUGA